AUGGCUGAGCCGGCUGCACCAGCCGAUCCAGAUCCAAAACCGAAAGAACCCGGCGGUUCAGAAACACCGAAUCCUACAGCUAAUGAGGAGACAAAGACUCUGGCUGCUCCUGGUGGCGAAGCACACACUGCACUGCUGCCGGUGACCGCCCUAGCCAAGGGUGAAGAACAACCGACUGCCGACCCUCCGAAUAAAGAAGCCCACGACGACAAAGCAAAACCCGACAACGGAGAAGACGGCAAGGAUCCCCAGCCCGCACCAGAGGCUCCCAAGCCGAACGCAACCGUGAAUGCCGAUGACACCGAGAAACCACCGGAAAACGCGGAGGAGGGGGAUUUGAAAAUCGAAAAGAAGGCCAGCAAGGCGCCGUCAAAGCCAAACGCCGCUGAUGUUGCUAAUGACAAUCAGAAACAUCCGGAAAAUGUGGAGGAUCAGGAGUUGAAAGUCGAAAAGAAAGCCAGCAAAGCGUGCUCCAAGCCAAAUGCCGCAGACGUUCCUCAUGCCGACGAAAAAGAGGACACGCCAAAGGUCAACGUGGAAAAGUCCCCUUCGAAGCCAAAAUCUGACGACAAGGCGACGAUUGACAUUAAGGAGGAAAAAGCACUGCGCAAACCAUCGAAGCCGUCAACGAGCGAAAAUGUGGAUGUGGCUGAGGUGAACAAUGGAGCAAAGGAGGACAGGCCCACAAAGGCUCGCUCAAAGCCGAGAGCCGGUGACAAGACGACCCAUGAUGAAGAAGAAGCGCUCGUGACAAAGGACACGAAGAAGAAAGACAAUAAAGAGGGCAUCGCCAGAUCUCCUUCGAAGCCGAGAAGUGGCGGUAGGACGGUGAUUGAUGAGGAGGAGUCAAAGGACCACAAGGCCCCCAAAGCCCGCUCGAAACCGAAAAUCGGGGAGAAGACCACCAUAGAUGAAGAAGAGGCUGUCACAAAAGAUGCCCAAAAGCCUCGGAAGAAAUCGGAAAAUGAGAAGAACAAGAAGAAGACGAAAAGGACCAGCUCGAAGCCGAAGGAUGUCGAUGCGACGGUUGUUGACGACAUCGAUGCUGGGCGAAAAAAGACAGCCAAGUCUCCGAUGAAGACGAAGGGCGAUAAUGGGAAGACAUGUGUGGAUGAUGACUUGCCAAAGAAAAAGAGGUCGAAGCAGACGCAGUCGACGGAUGGGACGCAUGUCGAUGACAAGGAAGACCCACCGAAGGCCAAGGUGGCCAAGUCGCCUUCGAAGCCGAAGCAUCGCGAUCGCGAUAAGACUGUGAUUGACGACGAUGAUGGGAACCGCAAGAAAAGACCUUCCAAGUCACCUGCCAAACAACUAACGGUUGAUCACACGGUUCUCGACGACGAUGAGUGUCCAAAAAUCUCUUCCAUGAAGACGCAGGCGACUACUGACGACGAAGAGAAGAAGAAGGCCAAGAAACCAAGGAGCCUCUCGAAGGCGAACCGCAAGGAAAAAGAGGCGGGCACGGUGGUUGAUGAGAAAACACUGGAUGUCGAAUCCGAUGCGAAAGAUGCGAAAACACCAGUCAAGCCAGCGUCCGAACGACCCGUUCCUGCUGUGCCAAAGCCUAGGAGGUCCCGCAGGAGGCGAAUGAGUACGGAGACUAUUGACGAUCCUUGUGAUUGGGCUCUGGGUACGAUGUACAAACCGCCGCCGCCUGUUGUGAAACCAAAGAACCAAAGAAGCUUCUUUCACUUCCUCCUGGGAAAGAAUGAGACGCCACCGGCACCGGCGCCGAAACCCGCGGAGACGGAGCUGAGUUCAUUUGCAACCACUAGGCUCAAGAAAGGGCCUGUUGAUGCGGCAUCCCCGGAAGGCCUUGGUCUACGAUUGAAGCACGCUUUCAACAAGCCCUUCCCCAAAGACGAUACGCUCAGCAGGCUGACACGCAAAGCUCGAUCUAAGAUCGAAUGCUCCGGAUAUAACACGCACCUCUUGAAAGAAGGCGACGACACGGUGACAUCAUCUCCGAAAGUAGGGAAGAAAUUGGAGAUGAGAGACGAAGAUGCGGCGGCGACUGUGUUGCAAAUCCAAGAUGUUGUGCGCAAAGAUCUCGUGCUUGUCACGACCAACCGCAACAACGGCGGCAAGCUGUUCGUCGCGAACCGCCCAUUCUGGUGUGCUCCUAUCGCAGAAGGCGAAGAUACGACGAGCGAGGAGAAGGCGAUCGCUUCAUCGGUGGUCGUCGCCGUCGCCAAAGAAGGCAAAAAACUGGCUGAGCCCCCUGAAGAAGAGAUCUGCAUCGACCCGUGGGUCUCCGUUAAAGAGAUGCAAGUGAAGGACAAGGGCUGGUUCGACAAGGACGUCGUCUUCGGCAAUACAGUGCGCAACAUCAUCAGCUGUAUGACGGUGGAUAUGGAUGCACCGUUGACAACCCGCCCCGGACCCGAAUAUCCACACAUCAUCCUGCCCUCGCGGCCACCGUCCAUCGAGAAGCAGUACCAUUUUGAAGCGUUCACCCACAAAUUUUAUCCUGUCCCAGCCCCUUACAAGCGCACGAAUCGAGGUACCCGCCCAAUAAGGUUACAGAACAAGAAUGAUAAGAAGCCCCCGAGCCCGCUGAUGCGGCGUGGAAGCGCUCGACUGGCA